AGAGAAGUGUUAAUAACAAUAUUGAUGUUUACAAUAUAGUUUGUAUUGUGAAUUCAUUCUCACAAGUGGAUCGGUUUAGAGAUGACGCGAUCUGUGUAUAUUGUUCUGUUUGUAAUUUUUGUCACCAUUCAUUCUAGUGUCCAACUACUAGAAUGCGGGCCUUCAGAAGACGAGGACAACUGCCCAUCUGACUGCUACUCUGACAAGUGCCCGACAAGAGAACAUCAGAACGUUGGAUGUACUGCCUCCAGCGAAUGUGGUACUCCAAGGUGCAAAUGUCACUUCAACACGAAGAGAGCACUAAAUGGCACCUGUAUUAGGACUACAGAAUGUCCUCCAUUUGACUGCGAACGUCCAAACGAGGAGUACGUAGCAUGCCCACCGUUCUGCCCAUCAGAUGACUGCAGACAGUCAACUCCUGAUGGCAGAUGCCCAAUAUAUGGCCAUAUCUUCAUAGUGCUGGAGUGCGAACCGGCCUGCCGCUGCAUUAAAGGAUAUUGGAGAAAGGAAGGCGAAUGUGUACCUUAUGAAGAGUGUCCUCAACAUUCGACGACUCUACAAAUACUUUACGGCCAGUAAUUUGGAAGAUCUCCGGUAUAUGCAGUAUAAGUAAUUGAAGAAAUAAAUGACUAAUUGACUGAAGGACAUCUCGAUGAAACUGCAUGGAUGGAUAUAAUCAAAAUAUCAACGUUUCGUUUAUGGAAAAUACACUAAGUUACCCAAUUGCUGAUAUUUUAAAAUAUUAAAUGUACGCAUAACUAUAAACAUACGAUGCACUAUUUAAAUGUAAGUAACUAUAACCGAACCAUUUUCAGUUGUCAAAUCGCUGAUUUACCAAUGAGCUUCAUUUUCACGGCUGGUUAUGGUUUGGUUGUCAAAAGGGUCUUAACUAUCUUAAUCCCUCAAUGUCCAGUCAACUUCACGUCACUGGUAACAGUUUUAUAGGAAAGUCGUACUUAUUACUAUUGAGUUAAGGUGCAUGACAGUUGCUGCGGGUUGUUCGAAAGAGAUACCGCGGCC